GCUGCGUAAAACGUAACAAACAAACAAACAAACAAACAAACACACACACACACACACACACACACACACACACACACACACACACACACACACACACACACACACACACACACACACACACACACACGUCAAUAUGGCCGAACCGGCUGAGAAAGCAUAUUACAGGUUUGUGGUGCUGUUUUUUAACUGCAUGCUGACCUUUGGCUCAUACUUCUGCUUCGACAUCCCCAGUGUCCUACAGCAACAGUUCCAGGGGAACCUGACGUGUGUGAACUCCACAGUUGGGAAUGAAACAGAGUGUGUUGAAGGACUCGGCAUGACGCCGCAGGAGUACAACCUGCUGUAUGCUGUAUAUGCUUGGACGAAUGCCGUGGUGGUGAUCAUGGCAGGAUUCCUGAUCGACAAACUGGGCAACCGCUUUGGUGUGUUCCUUUUCUCCUUCCUGUGUGUGUUGGGUUCCUCCAUUUUUGCAUUAGGUUCUCAUUUUAAAGGAUCUCCGUACCUUCUGCCACUCAUGCUGACAGGUCGUCUGCUAUUCGGCUCUGGGAACGGCUCUCUAACCAUUGUUCAGAACAGGAUCACAGCGUUCUGGUUCAGAGGGAAGGAGUUAGCUUUAGCGUUCGGUCUCACACUCGCAUUCUCUCGACUCGGAUCUGUCCUCAACUUUUUCCUCACUCAGCGCUUCGAGGCUCAGUACGGUAUACAGUGGACGCUGUGGGGGGGUACUCUGCUGUGUGUGCUUGGUUUCCUCUCUGCUAUAACAGUCAGUGUUCUGGAUAAAGUUGGCAUGAAACAGCUCGGACUGGAGGGAACAAUACAGGAGGAAUCACGCAAAGUGAGAGUGCAGGAUGUACGUUUGCUCUCUCUGCGUUACUGGUUGCUUGUUUUCACCAUCAUGUUCUUCUACAAUGGCAUUUUCCCCUUCAUCGCCGAUGCCAGUAAGUUUAUCCAGGAUAAGUAUGAGGGCUACACUCAGAAGCAGGCAGCAUACAUCACCGGGGCAGUGUACGACAGCUCACUGGUGUUAUCUGCUGCUGUGGGCAUUCUCAUUGACUACGUGGGCCUGCGUGGGGUGUUUGCUGUAUUGUGUGCGGUUUGUACUCUUCCUGUGUUUGGGUUGUUGGCCUUCACAUUCGUCCCUCCGCUUGUCUCCACCAUCUGGCUCGGGAUCACCUAUUCUUUUGCUGCAGCGAGUAUGUGGCCCUCCAUCCCCCUGGUGGUUCCUCGCUCCACUCUCGGCACAGCAAUGGGUUUGGCGACGUCGGUGCAGAUGAUUGGCAUCGGACUGUGUAACCUCAUUGUGGGAGAGAUAUUGGGGGAGAAGAACAGUGAUGCAAAGAUUCCGCUAUGGCGAUGGCAGCAAAUGAUGAUCUUCAUGUUAGCAAACACAGUCGGCUGCAUCAUCACAUCUACUGUACUGAACAUUGUUGACCGGAGAGAGGGAGGCACAUUGAAUAAGAUGACGAAGAGAUCAGCGGUGCAGAACUCUGAGGUUCACACAGACCAAGAAACACUCAUCACUAAUGAAGAGGAGACAGAGAGAGACAACUCCAACCUCAACUCUUAAACCUGUCGGUCUUUACCUGUCUCUCUCUCUCUCUCUCUCUCUCUUUCUCUCUCUCGACCUGUCUGUCUCUCUCUCUCUCUCUCUUGACCUGUCUCUCUCUCUCUUUCUCUCUCUCGACCUGUCUCUCUCUCUCGACCUGUCUCUCUCUCUCUCUCUCUCUCUCUCUCUCUCUCUCUCUCUCUCUCUCCCUGUCUGUCUGUCUCUCUCUCUCUCCCUGUCUGUCUCUCUCUCUCUCUCUCUCGACCUCUCACUCUCUCUCUCUCUUGACCUGUCUCUCUCUCUCUCUCUCGAUCUGUCUCUCUCUCUCUUUCUCUCUCUCGGCCUGUCUCUCUCUCUCUCUCGACCUGUCUCUCUCUCUCUUUCUCUCUCUCUUUCUCUCUCUCGACCUGUCUCUCUCUCUCCCUCUCCCUGUCUCUCUCUCUCUUUCUCUCUCUCUCCCUGUCUGUCUCUCUCUCUCUCUCUCUCUCUCUCUCUCUCUCUCUCUCUCUCUCUCUCCCUGUCUCUCUCUCUCUCUCUCUCUCUCUCUCCCUGUCUGUCUCUCACUUUAUUUUGUGGUGCUUUAUGAAUUAACUGAGUUAAUAGAAUAGAGGCCACUUCUACGUUACAGCACAGUAAAAUAUUUCCUUUAUAUCCCAACUUUGGAGGCUGUGGUCAGAGCACAGGGUCAGACAUGAUACAGCACCACAGAAACAUGUUAAGGGCCUUGCUCAGGGGCCCAGUGGCAUCUUGGUGCUGGGGCUUGAACCUUGAUCAACAACCCAAAGCUUUAAAAACUUUUAAUGAAUAAUAAUUUGCACAUAAUUUUACAGAUUGAUUUACAGACAGUAUAAUUGUGUAACACUCUGUGUGUGUGUGUGUGUGUGUGUGUGUGUGUGUGUGUGUUGUAUUUGAAUUAUCAUAUAUGAACUUUUAUUUUACAGAAUAAAUGUUUCUGAUGUUAACUGA